GUAAAUGAUCAGUUUAAAACAGACUGGAGUCCAGGCUGUCGUCUGUCUGCUGCCACCUGCUGGAAUAAAGCAGCACUGCAGACUGAAGACUCAGGUCGAGGCCAGAACAGUCAGAGGAAAAGUCUUCAAGCAACAAGUUCUUCAGCAACAUAUUUAUGUGUUUCUUUAUCAGUGUGAAGCAGCAGCUGUUCAGUCAUUUAUUGAUCUUUGGGACAUAAAUAAAGCUGAGAGACAUCAGAGCGUUCAGACUGACCAACAUCAGGAUUUUCAUCAGAUCACUUCAGCUCAACUCUGACGAUGAAGCUGGUAUCAGUUGUCCUCCUCUUCCUGGCUCCAGUGUUGACCAGCUGCGCUCCUCUCAUCCUCCCUCUGGACUGCAGCGACAUCUAUAACCAUGAUAACAGCCGGCCCAGUGGAGUGUACACCAUCUAUCCCAUCGGAGCCACGUCUGCUGUCCAGGUGUACUGUGACAUGGCUUCAGGAGGAGGACGGUGGACAGUGUUCCAGAGGAGGAUGGAUGGAUCGGUGAACUUCUACAGGCCCUGGGACCAGUACAAGACGGGCUUUGGUACCGCUGCUGGAGAGUACUGGCUCGGUCUUGAGAAUCUCUUCCACCUGACUCUGAGGAAAAAGUACGAGCUGCUGGUCGACAUGGAGGACUUUGAUGGAAACAAAGCGUUCGCUCGUUACUCCUCGUUCUCCGUCAACCCAGAGGCUGAUGGCUACAGACUGAAUGUAUCUGGAUUCACUGAUGGAGGGGCAGGAGACUCCCUGACUUAUCACAGCGGACAGAAGUUCUCCACCUUUGACAAAGACCAGGACUCUUCAAGCUCCAACUGUGCCAAAAGCUACCUGGGGGGGUUCUGGUACAAGAGCUGUCACUAUGCAAACCCCAACGGUGCUUAUCUCUGGGGGGCUGAUGGCACUCACCGCGCUGUUGGAGUAGACUGGUACCACUGGAAGGAUUAUGAAUACUCCCUGAAGACCAUCAGCAUGAAGAUCCGUCCUGUGCAGUAAAUCUCAUCUGAUGUUGUGUCAAACAGCUGUUGUUGUAGAGAAGUGAUUGGACCGGUGGCUCUUCUGUACUACUCAGAUUUCUGUUUACUGUCCAGCACCACAGUCCAGAGAAUCAGAGCUCACAAUCUAAUCACUGUUUCUUGGUGAGAUUCUACAAAAAACCAUCAAAGUCAUAAUUCUACAAAAAAGAUCAGUCAGAAAUAUAAGUCUACAAAAAACAUCUCCCCAUAGAAGUUUAUUAUGAUGCAUUUACUUCAUACUGAGCUACUAAACUCACAUGUGCCUCUGCCCUACAUAAUAAUACAAACCAUUUGUAAUAAAUCCACCUACUCCCACCUGGCACUUUAAGAAGUGACUUUACAGAGCAGCAGGUAACAUAUGACAGACGUCUUUUAGAAUAAUGUCUUUGGGUUAUGAGAUGAUGUGAACCUAUUUUGUCCUUUUUACCCUUAAAUUACAAAGCAGGAAACAUUGUGUUUACGCAAUUUUAUUUUCCAGUCCAAUACUGGACUCAACAUUUACAAAAGUAUCCUUUAUUUUUCCCUCCAGUUGAUUGUCCUGUAUAUUUACAUUGCAGUAACAGUCAGUGUUUUACUGGGACCUGACUCAUGUGGUGAUAUUACACUGUGAACCACUGGUGUUUUUGAAAAUAAAGAUGGUGAAUUGGA